AUGAGUCCAAACACUGGUCCUCCUAUAAAAGAUGGGAUUUUAAUUGGAAACAACUUUAUUUCAAGGUCUGCUUUAGAAAAAGAUAUUCGAAUGAUCUUGCUUGCAUAUCAAAGAAAACAACAUCACGAUUUCACAACUUUUAAGAAUCUAUGGAACGAAUAUAAAUUUACAUAUAUACAUUUUGCUUGCCCUGAAAAAUCAGGUCGUCCUUUUUUUAUGCAAGUUUUAUAUCAAAUUACUUUAAGGUUUUUGUUACAGACAAGUUUGCUUGAAGUGAAAUUAGCUGUACUUUACACCUUAUAUUUACUUUAUUUUACUCAACCUGAUAAUUUUGAAAAAAUAAGAAUCCGUCUUAGUUUACAGCAAUUAUUUGAAUAUGUUGCUGUUGUUGAUCCAUGUAAUGAUUAUGGAAAAAUUGUAAAGGAAAAAAGAAAAGAUAAUAGCAUACAUGAUACUUUGGAUGAUAUCAGAACAGAAUUUAAUACUGAAAUAAUGGAAUUAGAUGGUAAUAAUAAUGAUAAUAUUUUAAAUCAACUUAAUCAAAUAUCAAAUGAAUACUAUACGAAAAAACAUAAAUUACAAGAUACAAAUGAAGCAAUUGAUUCCUCGAAAAAAGUUGUUAGAUACAUGACAACAACGAUGCUUCAACAUUCAUCAUCACCUGCCAAUGAUGUAUGGACGCUUGUUUCACCAUUUAGUUCAUCAAAUGAACAUUUUGUAAAAAAUAUUAAAAGCAAUAUUGAUCAAUUUGAAAAAGACAGAAGAAAGUUUCUUGAUUUAAACACUAAAAAUUUUGAUAUCAUAAGUAAUAAUGAAUUGGCAGAUGAUGAAAAUGAAAAAGAUGGUUAG